AUGCGCAUGUACCAUCGAGGAGAAAUCCCGCCAAUGGACGGCGAUAGGUCCCAAGGAAAAAGCUUCCCGCCGAGACCACCAAAAUCUGGGCAACAGGAGAAGCGCGGACGACAACCCCGUCCGAGAAGGAUGCAGAAAAGGCGGAAGCCCCGCUUGGGAAAAGGAAUCGUGACGACCACGACGACCUACCUCCACCACCGAAGCGACAAAUAUCCCCCACCUCGACCCCUCGUGGUCACUUGCAGAUUCACGACUGUGACGUCGCAAAGGUUCCUAAUUGAUACCGGGAGCACGGUGAACCUCAUCUUCCUAGAGACACUGGAUCGCAUGGGAGUGGAACAGGAAUCCAUCAAACCUACAUCCCGUCCCCUCACCGGUUUCACCGCCGAAUACACCUACAGUUGCGGAACAGUUCGGCUCCCCGUUUAUGUCGGCGGAAUUUCGAAGCUCUUGAAGUUCAUUGUCAUGGACAAACCGGCCAUCUACAACGCAAUACUUGGCACCCCCUGGCUCCACGAAAUGAAGGCCGUCGUCUCGACUUUCCACCAGUGCGUGAAAUUCCCAACGCCAUCCGGAAUUUACACCUUGCGUGGGGAUCAAAGAGUGACGCGAUCAUGCUUCCUUCGCGAGCGCAAGCUCCGCACCGCAUCAUCCUUUAUGAUAGCCGAACCCUCAAACCAACCACCUCGCGAAGAUCUGAGCCAGUAUUGUACGACGAGACCGACGGACUCGAUACAGCUGGAUACAUCGCCACGACGCUGGGAGAAGCACCGCCAUUUCCGCAGCAAACGCCGAACCCGCAUGGAAAUCCGACUUAAGGUCCAGCCUUAA